AUGGCUUCGCGAAAGCCCGUCUUCAACCAGCACCAGCUCUACGACACCACCCCUCUCCCCGAGUCGAUCCCGAAAGUCCAGGAGCUAGGUGCCAGCUCAGCACCCCUUCUAUCCGCUUCUUUCUUUAUUGGCGCGCGAUGCAAAGAUUACAACGAUGACUUCAUGCAGUGCAAGACCGAGAACCCGGGCCGGGGCGAGUUCGAGUGCUUGAAGGAGGGCCGCAGAGUCACAAGAUGUGCGAGGAGCGUCAUUGACGACCUCAACAAGUCCUGCCUGGAGCAAUUCCGCGCGCACUGGAAGUGCCUGGACGACAACAAUCACCAGCUAUGGCAAUGUCGACCUGCAGAGUGGAAGCUGAACAAACAGAAACUGGAGAAGGUCAUCCCUGAUACACCCGAGGGCAAGACACCAGUUCAUCUACGGAAGAAGCAGAUCUACGCACAUUAUCCUAUCAUCCGAGGCAACGAGCCCUUCAUUCCAGAGAAAGCGAAGGAUGCUUCGUCAUAA